UGGGUGUUUUUCAUCUCUAAAAUCAUUUCAUCUUAAAUUUUAAUUUGUUUUUCUUCUCUUCAAAACCAACCCAAGACAUGGCAGACAACUCCCAGCAGAUGAGCUACCAUGCUGGUGAGGCCAAGGGCCAAGCUCAGGAGAAGGCUAGCAACGUAAUGGACAAGGCUAGCAAUGCCGCUCAAUCUGCAAAGGAAUCAGUGCAAGAGGCUGGUCAGCAGGUGAAGGCCAAGGCUCAAGAAGCAGCUGAUGCUGUGAAGAAUGCCACUGGGAUGAACAAAUGAAGCUAAGCAGAUUCAAUACAUUUGGGCAUUUUUUUUGUAGAUUAAUUUCCUCUGUAUAAAAGAAGAGAGCUCUCUUUAUGUGCAGUUCUCUCUCUUUCACUUUAUGUGAAACUAGCGAAUUGUCCGUGCGUUAGUACGUGGUUAUUAAU